GAAGGUACGUACCUGGAACUGGUUUCCACGUCCAAUAACUCCUCUGAACAUCUUUCCAGGCAAUAUCCUCAAGAUAGAACCGAGGCAAUUGCCAUUGUGGGGAUGAGCUGCCGUUUCCCUGGAGGCUCCAAUACCCCGGAGGAAUUCUGGAACUUAUGUGCCGAAGGUCGAGAUGCUUGGUCGGAACACCCGCCUAGCAGGUUCAAUGCAAGCUCCUUCUACCAUCCAAAUGUUGAAAGGAGUGGUUCUCUUUUCGCACAGAUGGUCAUGCGUGGCGGAUAUUACUUGAAGCAAGAUAUCUCUCAUUUUGAUGCUCGAUUUUUCCAGAUAAGCCCAACUGAAGCGAAGGCUAUGGACCCCCAACAGAGGAUUCUGCUCGAGUGUGUGUACGAAGCUCUGGAGAACGCGGGUAUUCGCAUGGACACUAUUAGAGGGACCAAUACCUCAGUCUACACAUCAGCCUUUAAUAUGGACUAUGAUCAAAUGCUGAGAAGUGACCCCGAGAAUAUGCCCGUGUAUCAAUCCACGGGAAACGCUCUCUCGAUCUUGUCCAAUCGAAUCUCUCACUUUUUCGAUUUGAGAGGGCCCAGCGUCGCCAUUGACACUGCUUGCUCGUCAAGCCUCGUAGCUCUGCAUACGGCAUGUAACGAUCUACGUGCCGGUGAAUCUAAACAAGCACUUGUGGGAGCCGCGAACUUGAUCAUCAAUCCGGAUCGAGCGGUUGAAAUGACUCGACAGGGCUUCUUUUCACCGGACGGGCGAUGUUAUGCCUUCGACGACCGUGCCGAAGGGUACGCCCGUGGCGAGGGGAUUGCUUGCCUUGUCUUAAAAACCCUGAACGAUGCCCUGCGGGAUGGCGAUCCCGUUAGAGCAGUCAUUCGAGAAACUUUCACCAAUCAAGAUGGAAGAACAGCAGGCAUAACACUACCCAACCGUGAGGCGCAAGAAUCACUCAUCCGCUCAGCCUAUAUAAAAGCUGGGUUACGUCCACAGGACACAAUUUACGUCGAAGCGCAUGGUACUGGGACAGCAGCGGGCGAUCCCAUUGAGGCCGAAGCCAUCGCAGCAGUGUUUGGUGAAGGAAGACCAAGUCAUCAACCACUUCGCCUUGCUUCAGUUAAAACAAAUGUUGGGCAUUUGGAGAGUACAAGCGGACUUGCGGGCGUGAUCAGGUGUGUGAUGAUGCUUGAGAAAGGGGCCAUCGCCCCGGGCCUCAAUUUCAGACGAGCAAAUCCACGCAUUCCUUUGGAGGAAUGGAGACUGAAGGUACCUCUGAAACUGGAAGCAUGGCCAUCUGAUGGCCUUCGACGCGUGUCGGUCAAUAGUUUUGGGUUCGGGGGUACGAACGCACACCUUAUUAUGGAAGAUGCAGGCCAACAUCUUUCCCUACGUGGCAUGAAAUCAUCGCGUCGACCUAUAUCCCUUCAGACAGGCGAAGCGCCUCCUGUUUUUGGAAACGGCGACGGUCAACGGCGACUUUUUGUGGUCACUUCCAACGACCAGGAAACGUUGAAGCUGUCCCUAAUGAAUCUGAAACACUACGUUCAAAAGCAUACUUCUGACAAAGAAGAAUGCUUCAUGGAGGACCUUGCUUACACGUUGAAUCAGCGCCGGUCUAUUCUGCCAUGGAAGACUGCAUUCUCCGCAUCGUCAGCAGCAGAACUAAUCGAAUCACUCCAAGCCCCGAAUAUAAUGCGGUUGUCCACAAAGAUUCCGAGGAUUGGUUUCGUGUUUACGGGUCAAGGAGCUCAAUGGCACGGAAUGGCACAAGAGCUGAUUCACACGUUUCCGGUGUUUGAGUCAACUUUGAUUGAGGCUAACUGCCAAUUGCAGAAAAUGGGAGCAACAUGGUCGAUCUUCGAUGAGCUGAAUCGCGACGCAAACACCACAAACGUCAACACCGCCGCCAUCAGCCAGCCUUUGUGUACUGCCAUUCAGAUAGGCCUAGUAAACCUCCUGCAGUCAUGGGGUGUUCAAGCCUCUGCAGUCGUCGGGCAUUCAAGUGGGGAGGCUGCUGCGGCUUAUGCUGCCGGUGCCCUAACAAUGGAUGCAGCCUUGUCGAUAACUUAUUUCAAAGGAUUGCUCUCUACAAGCAUCUCCAGCAAAGCUCCGCAUCUUUCUGGUGCCAUGAUGGCUGUCGGGCUAUCCCAGGAGGAGGCUGAGACUUAUAUCUCAACUGUUUCUUCAGGAUACGUCACCGUUGCUUGCAUAAACAGCCCCUCCAACAUGACGUUAUCUGGUGAUUCUUCGGCCAUCGAGGAGCUCCUCGAACAGCUUCAGUCAAAAGAAGUCUUUGCUCGCAAGAUCAAAUCUGACACUGCGUAUCAUUCGCAUCAUAUGCAAGCCGUUGCGGAUGACUAUCUCAUGGCAUUGCGGGAUCUACAAACAAAUCCGCUGAUCAGAGUUCCAUAUUGGAGUUCAGUUACUGGCCAGCUUGUCGAAGCGACAGAUCUAGAUGCCAAAUAUUGGAUCACGCAUAUGCUUUCCCCUGUAAGAUUUUCAGAAUCUUUACGGAAUUUGUGUCUUGGCUCCCCACAGGCACGCCAACGAAGCUCGGACAGGCGAGACAGAGCUAUCGACUUUCUCAUUGAGAUUGGACCACAUUCCGCUCUAGCAAGCUCCGUGAAACAGAUCCUGGCAACCCCGGAAUUGAAACAUGUAAACAUUGAGUAUGCAUCUACGUUGUGUCGAAAUAGGAAUUCUGUGGCCGCCAUGCUCGACUCUGCAUCUGCAAUACUUACGGCGGGGUAUCCCCUCAAGAUGAACGCCGUCAACCUUCCCCAGUCCGAAAGUUCCCCGCGUGUUCUAGUGGACUUGCCCCCCUAUGCGUGGAAUCAUGCCGUGAGCCAUUGGCACGAGAGUCGUCUCAGUCUGAACCAUCGGCACAGAAAACAUCCCCGACAUGACCUCCUGGGCGCUCCUGUCAAUGAUUUCAAUGAGUUGGAGCCGAGGUGGAGAAACAUUCUUCGUGUAUCGGAUAUCCCUUGGGUGCGGGACCAUGUGGUGCAAUCCAGUAUUGUCUAUCCGGCUGCUGGAUACAUUGCAAUGGCCAUCGAAGCAGUUGCACAAUGCAUUUCGAAUCAAGACACUACAGUACUUGGAUUUAGACUACGAAACCUCGAUAUCAGUAGGGCGCUUGUGAUUCCCGAUGACUCUGACGGCAUUGAAACAAGUUUUGUUCUUCGCCCACUUAAUGGAGGUAGUCGCGGCUCUUCAACUACCUGGCGGGAAUUUUACCUCUAUUCACAUUCCAAAGAGGAAGGGUGGUCCGAGCAUUGUCAUGGUCUGAUUUCUAUGGAGAUGAAAGGAUCGAGGUCCGGGGUUGACACCAGAGAGAGGAGCCAGAUGCUGGAGCAUAACCAGCAGAAAUUUGCAAGUGGGGCAACUGCUUGCCACGAAGUCAUUGACACCCACGAACUGUUUCGCCUCCUUGGAACUCUUCAGCUUGAAUUUGGUAGCACUUUCAAGAACUUGGUCGAAGCAUAUGGCGGACCUUGCCAAGCAUUAUGUACCGUCGCAGUGCCCGAUACGAAAGCUGUCAUGCCGCAAGGUUUUGAAUAUCCCCAUGUCGUCCACCCGGCCACAAUGGACGCCAUUCUCCAGACCUUCAUCAUCUCACUGAUGAGCACUGGGACACUUAAAGCACCUAUGUUGCCAAAGUCUAUCAAGGAAGUUUUCGUCGCCGCACACAUCAACAAGACGCCGGGCCAUCGGUUUUCAGUCCAUACCGCUACCCAGUCGAAGGGCCCUCACGAAACCGAAUCGAUGAUUACGGUCGUGGAUGAUUCCCAGGGUGACAAGACCACUGUCGUCGAACUCAAGAGAUUGAAAUGUGUCUCACUCUCAGGCAGAGACUUCGUGCAACAGAAUGUCGAGCCGAGAAAGCUCUGCUAUAAGAUGUGUUGGGAACCUGAUGUCGACCUGCUCACUUCUGAAAUGGCCAGGAAGCUCUGGUCCACGACAUCGGGCGCUGCUGACCCCCUCACCUUCUCUGUGUUAGAUCACAUUUCCCUCCAAUUCAUUCAAGGUGCUCUUCAGGUACUGACAGAGUCGGAUUAUGACAAUAUGCAGCCGCAUCAUCAACGAUACUAUAAGUGGAUGCAACUGCAAUCCAACCUUGCCUCAGCUGGAAAGCUAGAGACUCUCAAUUUACUGGAAGCGGCCCGUGAGUCUGUCAAUCUGGACAAAUUCCGCAAGGAGCUUGGAAGAAGCGUCGAUGGCCAGUUGCUUGACAAGGUGGGAAGUAAUCUGGUUCGCAUUUUGACGAAUCAAGUCCAGCCUCUAGAUGUGAUGCUGGAAGAUGACCUGCUGCAUGAAUUUUACGGCAAAGGCAUCGGGGUCGAUUGCUCCUCGGCACAACUGGCUUCAUACGUCGACAAACUCAGUCACAAAUUCCCGAAUAUGAACAUUUUGGAGAUUGGCGCUGGAACCGGCGCGGCCACGUUGCCGAUAUUGCAGGCAUUAGGUGGACAUGACGACCAUGACGCUCGCUUUGGCCAUUAUACAUUCACGGAUAUUUCGUCUGGUUACUUCGAGAAAGCGCAAGUUAAAUUCAAGGCCUGGUCAGGUCUCAUGAGCUUCAGGAAGCUCAAUAUUGAGAAUGGUCCCGAGCAGCAAGGAUUCCAGAAAGAAGAAUUUGAUCUGAUCAUCGCAGCCAAUAUCGUGCAUGCUACCCGAAGCGUGGACGACACAAUGCAGAACAUCCGAAGCCUUUUAAGGCCAAACGGGAAACUGAUCUUGAUCGAAGUCACGAAUCUGGCCGUCCGUAUUUCGUUAAUCUUCGGGACUCUGCCCGGGUGGUGGUUAGCUACUGAGAAAAGUCGUGAGGCGAAUCCGACUCUGACAGAAUCCCAGUGGGAGGCUGUUCUGAAGAAGAACGGCUUUAGUGGGUUGGACAUAUGUUUGUGGGACCAGCCAGAAAAGAAGGACCAUUUAACCAGUUUGAUGGUAUCUACUGCGCUGUCUGCUGUGGAGGAUAAGUAUCCCGAGGUAACGUUGAUCCACGACGGAUCACUGGAGAGUACAUUCCUGGAUCUUUUACGGGGCUCCUUGGCUAAGGUUGUGGGUGUGCCCCCAACAUUGAGCUUAAUAGAAAAUGCCCAGGUGGAUGGCAAGGCUUGCAUUUUUCUGAUCGACCUCAGCCGUCCAAUUCUCUCUCGUCUCAGUUCUUCCCAGUUCUACGCCAUCAAAAGAGCCAUCACCACGGCCCGGGCUUGUUUGUGGGUCACUCGUGGAGGUACAGCUCCCUUAUCAGAAAGCCCCGAAGCCAGUUUGAUCUUCGGUCUAUUCCGCACAUUGAGGUUCGAGUUUAAAUUGUCUCAGUUGGUGACGCUUGACCUUGAACCUCAACACUCCCGCGAUGAAACAACAGACAUACAGCCGAUCACAAGUAUCUUCCGAUCCGUUUUCAGUCUCGAAAGUGAUAAAACAGCAUCCGAUAAUGAGUUCUCUGUCAGGGACAAACUCAUAUUCAUCCCCCGCGUUCUCGAAAAUCAUCAGAUGAACGACUACAUUUCAGCGAGAGCCACGCCAAAACGAUCUGUGCAGCAGGCUUUCAGUCAAACUUCUCGAUUUUUGCAACUGGAGAUCGAGAGACCGGGCCUCCUGGACUCAUUCAUAUUCGUGGACAACCCAACCUUUGCUCUUCCACUGGGAGAUGAUGAGGUUGAGAUAGAGACUAGAGCCUGUGGCCUGAACUUCCACGAUGUCCUGACUGCCAUGGGACACCUUGAAAGUGCGCCGCUGGGCUAUGAAUGCAGUGGAAUUGUUCGACGCGUUGGGAAUCAAGUGAAGUCCGUCGGCGUAGGCGAACGCGUCUGUGCUUGGGCAAUCGGGGCAUUCGGCAACUAUGUUCGCACCAAGAACAAACUUGUCAAAAGGAUACCGGCGGAGAUGUCCUACGAAGAUGCAGCCUCAAUACCUGUCGUAUAUUCCACGGCCUACAUAUCGUUAUGUGAAACAGCACGCCUCCGCAAAGGGGAGACUGUGCUCAUCCAUGCCGCUGCAGGCGGUGUUGGCCAAGCGGCGAUUGUUUUGGCCCAGUGGAUUGGAGCUGAGGUAUUUGCCACGGUCAGCACAGUGGAGAAGAGACGGUUCAUCAUGGAGCAAUAUCACAUUGCCGAAGACCACAUCUUUUCCAGCAGAGACACCACGUUCGCCUCAGGGGUCAUGGGAUUGACCCAGAACAAAGGAGUUAACGUUAUUCUGAACUCGCUAUCCGGAGACGGACUGAAAGAGUCGUGGAAUUGCAUUUCCAGAUUUGGUCGGUUUAUUGAAAUUGGCAAGCGAGACCUCUUCUCCAACAGUCUCCUAGAGAUGGAGCCAUUUCUGCGCCAUGCCAGUUUCUCUGCCGUUGAUCUCGACACCAUUCUCUACCACAAGAGUGACUACGCUGCUGAGAUCUUGGCAAAUGUUAUGCAAUUACUUGAAAAGAAGAUCAUUGAACCGGUCAAACCAAUUACUGCCUUUUCAAUGUCCGAGGUUGAGGCCGCUUUCCGCUUGAUGCAGGGAGGGAAACAUAUGGGGAAGAUCAUCAUUGUCCCACAACCGGAGGACCAAGUCAAAGCAUCCAUGAGCGUGUUGACUAACUCUGUGUUCCGGGAUGAUGUUUCCUAUCUGCUAGUCGGCGGUCUAGGUGGUCUUGGGAAGGUCAUUGCCCAGUGGAUGGUCUGGAGUGGGGCGAAGAACAUCGUUUUCCUAUCUCGCAGCGGCUUAGAAUCCCAGAGCUCUCAGGAAUUUGUCAAGGAUCUCGAGAAAGAUGGCGCUACCGUCACAAGUCACACUGGCGAUGUCUGUGAUGAAAAACAGGUCUCUGAAAUCCUGGAAGAGUGCGCAGUCAGGAAACGCCCUAUACGCGGGAUUAUACAAUGUGCAAUGGUUUUGAAGGACAUCUCGUUCGAGAACAUGACUCUCAACGAUUAUGAAUCCGUGCUCCUCCCCAAGGUCCGUGGAUCAUGGAACCUUCACCGAUGCCUCCUGCAGACCGAAAUAGACUUCCUUGUGAUUCUAAGCUCGGCUGUUGGUGUGGUAGGAAAUCCAGGACAGAGUAACUACUCCGCAGCGUCGGCCUUCCAAGAUGCUUUAUCCGGUCACCGAGUGUCUAUGGGCCUCCCAUCGGUAACCAUCGACCUUGGUGUCGUUAAAGGGGCGGGAUAUGUAGUUGAAAAUGGCCAGAUCAAAGCCAAAUUGCAGCGGCAGCUCCACGAUGAAAUUGACAUCGAGGAACUCCGUGCAAUCCUACAGUUUGUAGUAACCCCAUCUGCCGAGAAUCAGUCUUCCCAGGUCAUUACUGGUUUACAUACCUCUGAGGACCUCGACUUCGACUCUGAAGAAUUGAGCAAAGAUCGUCUGGUGCCGCCAUGGACACAGGAUCCCAGGUUUUCGCAUUUACGUUCCGCAUCAGUGGUGAAGGAUCGAGAUGUUGAAGAUCUGGCCAAAGUGCUCCAUGACAGGCUCAAGAAGGCUCGAACCCUAGAGGAAGGGUCUUCGAUUCUACAAGAAGCAAUUAUGGACAAAUUAUCUCGACUGUUGAUGAUUCCCAAGGACAACAUCGGUCCGAAUCAUACCACUGCCACCCUGGGCGUCGACUCACUCGUCGGCGUUGAGCUGCGCAAUUGGAUUUCACAUGAGAUCAAAGCUAAUAUACCGCUCUUUGAGAUCCUUGGAAAGGCCCCUAUUGCCACCUUGUCCCAUCGGAUCGCGACCAAAUCUGAGCUUCUUGAUCCAGCGGUUCGCGAGACGAUGGACCGGAAAAAUCGUUCCGGAGAUCCGCUGAAUAACGGAAGACAAGAAGCUACGGACAACACGAUCCCUCUGGAUGACCAAAAGGGGACAAUGGCCUCGAAGGAGCCGCAUCGAGUACGGAUAAUGCGCACGUUGCUUGAGCAGUACUCCCGUGGUCUCCAGCCUGCAACGCACCCACCGGCGGAACAUGAUAAAUGGACUGUGAUCCUCAUCGGAUCCACUGGCUCAGCGGGUUCUUAUCUGCUGGAGCGUCUGCUCCAGCACCCCAAUGUCAUCAAAAUUAUCUGCCUCAACCGGUCGAUCAACAGCAGGGAACGACAGAUCGAGGCGCAUGCUUUGCGUGGCAUUCCCACCAAUCUCGCCAGCGAUCGAGUGGAGUUUUUCCAAUCUAAACUGGGUGCUCAUGACCUAGGCCUCGCUCCAGAAACCUACAAGUCUUUACUAUCUUCGGCAACGCAUGUCAUCCACGCUGCAUGGAAACUCGAUCUCAUUUCCCCUGUUGAGGCAUUUGAGCGUGACCAUCUUUGCGGUGUGCGAAACGUUAUCCAAUUCAGUAUCUCAUCGUCCAAGACACCACGCAUCUAUUUUCUAUCCAGCCUCACGGCUGCUUUUGACUGGCAAUUGUACCACCCAGGGUCCAUUCCGGAGGAGAUCAUAGAUGAUUACAAUGUAGCAAUUCCCUUGGGCUAUGGUGAAUCGAAGCUGGUUGCAGAGCAAUUGCUGAGUGUUGCGAGCAAGCGUUGCGGAAUCUUGACAUAUGUGAUUCGGGCCGGACAACUUAGUGGCCCAGCACACAGGAAAGGCAUCUGGACUAGAACCGAAUGGUUUCCCAGCUUGAUUGCCAGCGGAAAGUAUUUAGGCCUCUUGCCCGAGACACUGAAGGCAGCCGGUACUAUCGAUUGGGUUCCUGUGGAUAUAUUUGCGCAAACCAUCAUAGAGUUGAUCGACAGCGCCGAGAUCCCGUCUCAUCCUCUCCCGACAGUCUACAACAUCGUGAACCCACGGCUCACGCAAUGGAAUGUCCUUCUCCCCGCUAUCAUCGCUUAUUUUAACCGGAAACAGAUUUUUCUUCAAACCGUACCUUUCAACAUUUGGCUCCAUGCGUUAGAGGAAUCCACAAACAAUGGGACGCACAGCAGUGCUAUGCAGAACCCGGCAAGUUACCUCUUGGGGCUUUUCCGUGUCCUGGCGGAAAGAGAUGAAGCCAUAAAUCCGGAUAUAGGGCGGACCCUAGCUGCAAGCAGCAGUUUAGCUUCGCUGGAACCGGUUCAGGAGGAAUGGAUGAUGAAGUGGAUGCAGGAGUGGGAAAUGUAA